AAUUGCAUUCGUAAUUUGCAACGCCACAUCACACAACCACACAGGCACACGCAAGACUCUGCUGCAUAUAAAGCUGUGCUUUCAUAACGAGUACUUGCAUUUUCAUUUCGAAAGAUCAACUUCGACCGUACACGACAUGUUUUAUUCAGUGUUGGCUAUACUUUCUGUGCUGGGACUUUUCCCUGGCAGUUAUCAGCUAACCAACAACUACUGCGAGGCGGAUUACUGUGAGCCGGGAUUGACCAAUGUGGGCUGUAAUCCACCGCCGAAAGAAGGAGGCCCUGAAUGCCGUGGAAAGCAAACCGUCAAUGCUAACUUAACCAUAUUUGGACAAACGUUUGUGUUGCACGAGCAUAAUAAGUUGCGAUCGCAGCUUGCCAGUGGUCUGUUGGGAUCGUUUGCCGCCGCUUCCCGUAUGCCACAGCUCGUGUGGGACAGUGAGCUAGCGAGUCAAGCGUCACACAACGCGCGCUCUUGUCGGUUUGACCACGACGAGUGUAGAAAUACGGAACAGUUCCGGUUUGUGGGACAAAAUAUCGCUUUGAUCCGAUACAUGGGUCCACGGAAGGGCUUAAACGAGCUGAUGGGUAGAGAGAUCGCUCUGUGGUGGAGCGAGCAUAAUGUGACGGUGCAGGAACAUUUGGAUAAAUUUCCCUCCGAAGAACCAGAACCCGAAAUCGGCCACUUCACGCAGAUGGUUAGUGAUCGUACGUGGAAGAUCGGAUGCUCCGCACAGCAGUGGAUCGACAGUGAGCAGUACAAUGUGUUUUACUUCGUGUGCAACUACUCGUUUACCAACAUGGUUGGACAGCCGGUGUACUUGAAGGGGAAACCGGCGUCCCGAUGCGCUACCGGUGUAAGCAAACUCUAUCCCGGGUUGUGUUCGAUCCACGAGCGCGUUUACUCCACACCGACUGCAAUUACGAACUAGGUGCGUGUGGUGGGAAAAGGAAUUGUUAUGAAAUAAUAAAUUAAAUUCACAUAUAAGUGUUUUCUAACUUAUUUACUUGUAA